AUGGGGUCCAGCCUUCCCAACACCGAAAGCUUGUCCUUCGCACAUAUAAGCUACACUUUUAUUGCAAUCGCUCUAUUAUACCUGGGCUAUGAACUGCUCUCUCAUCCACUGAACCGCUAUCCCGGCCCGUUCUUCGCUAGGUUAACAAAUGGCUACGGGGCUUUCUUCGCCGUGAGGAGAUCUCUUCAUUUGGCUACAUUUAAAAACCAUCUAAAAUAUGGACCAGUCGUUAGGCAGGGACCAAAUAAACUUGUCUUUAAUUCUGUCACAGCUUUGAGAGAUAUUUAUCAUAGCGAAAAUAUCACCAAGCCUGUCACCUACUUAUCCAACCAAACGACUCCCGGGUCAUUUAACACCUGGAAUGCAUUGGAUAAUGGCCUGCAUAGCCGAAAGAGAAAACUCAGUGGCCCAGCGGUGAAUGACCGUUCUAUGCGAGCCUUUGAGCCCACAAUGGCUAAACAGGUCGACAUAUUCAUCCAACAACUAGCCCUUUGCCAAGGUACGCCGAUAGAUAUGAAGAUGCGGUGCAAUUACCUAGCCAUGGACGUCGUUGGCCUGCUCUCGUUUGGAUAUCCUCUACAUUCUCAAACAGACAGCAAAAAUCGAUUUCUCGCAGACGAAAUGGCCAGGGGUAACCGCCGUUUGAACAUCUACAUGCAGAUCCCAUUUAUUCCUAGGCAUCGUCUCCAGAUCCCAAUCAACUUGAUCUGGUACAAAUCACGAGAGGUGGUCUUCCGUCUGAUAGAGUCCAUGAUAAAGAGCCGCAUGAAGGCAGACCGACACGCCACGCAUGACUUGUACUCGUUCGUUGUGGAUGCUCUCAUGACCGAAGAAGGCAAAGAUCUUCGAAUCAACGAUCUUUGGAUGGAGGCGAUUCUUUUCAUCGUCGCAGGGGGCGACACAACCUCUACGGCUAUUUCCGCUACUUUCUUCUACCUGGCGCGACACCGGGAAUGCUAUAAGAGACUUUCUGAAGAGAUUAGAUCCACCUUCCAAAGCGGGAAAGACAUAGGCGGAAGCAAGCUGGCGAGCUGCCAGUACCUGCGCGCUUGCAUUGACGAAUCCCUAAGAAUGUCCCCACCGCUCCCAGGCAUUCUUUGGCGGGAGCAGUGCCCCGAUAAAGGCAACAACCCGCUUAUAAUUGAUGGACAUGUCGUACCGAAGGGAACCUAUGUUGGUGAAUACUUCCCGGACCCUUUCACCUUUAAACCAGAAAGAUGGCUAGAGCCACAAGGUCAAGAGGGAGCACCGGGCUCUCGGAAAGCAAUGCACAGCGCCUUCGUACCAUUCUCUAUCGGAUCUCGAGGAUGUGCGGGGAAGGCCAUGGCAUAUCUCGAGAUGAACCUUACCAUAGCCAAGACGUUGUGGUACUUUGACUUUGAGCCGGCUCCCGGGAAGCUCGGUAAUGUCGGGUUAAGCGAUCGAGGAGAGUUUCGCCUUUACGAUAUCUACCUAUCGACGCAUGACGGGCCGUGGUUGGUUUUUAACCCUCGGAGCACAUUGACUGAAGACUUUCCUGAGUUAGCAAGUAAGUGA